GGCGAGUCGUGACGUCACAGUUUGUUUGGAGUUUUGUGUCAUGGCGAUGCAAGCUCUUGUGUGGAAGGAAAUUAUCUGAAUUUUCAAGUGAAGAGAAAGCUAACCGAAAACCAAAAUGUUGCGUCGGGGUGGGAAGCGCAUCCGUAUGGAUGAGCCACCACCAGAGUAUGAUGCACCACCCAUGACCCCAAUGACACCAGCAUCAGAACUGCAGGAACCUUAUACACCUUAUACCCCUUACACUCCAGCUGCUGAGACUCCUCUUCACCACCCUGAUUACCAGAUGGGCUACAACCAGUCCUAUGAUCAGCCAGUCCAUCACCAACCCCCACAGACACCUCAGCAGCAGCAUAUUUAUGGUCACCAGGAAUACGAUCAGCAACAGCAGCAGCAGCAGCAACAACAACAACAACAACAACAAGCCUACCAGCAACAGCAGCAGCAAAAUGUUUAUCAAAACAUGUAUGAACAACAGCCCCCCCAGACUCCAACACCUCAUUAUCAGCAGCAACAUACUCCUCAGGCACAUGUGGAGCCGGAGCCAGAGCCAGAGCCAGAAAUGGAGCCUGAAGAGCAGGAUGAGGACAUGGACCAUGAUGCAGAGUCUGACAUAGAUGCCCAUGAAGAAGAGGACCAGCAGCCAGCCCAGAAUUAUGAGCCAAUCCCCAGGUUGACAAUUUCCAUCCGAGGGAGAGGCAGAGGUCGUGGAAGAGGCAGAAUUGCUACCAUUAAAAAGAUUGGAGAUCAGAUUGUUGGAGAGCCUCCACGCAAGAGAGGAAGGCCUGGCAGAAAGCCUAUUACUGAGGUCAUGGCUGAAGAUGAGCAGUCACUGUAUUUCAUUGUGAGAAAUGGGAGAACAGCCUUAGCGGUAUGUAUUGCUUGUCCAUCCUGUUGUAUCUAUAUCUGUAUUUGGCUGAGAUGAUUUUUGUAGUGUAGU